CCCCCGGAACCGGAAAUAAGAAGAAGAAGAAGAAGAAGCGGUGUAGGGUUGGCAAGGUUUUGGCUCGAUUGUGUUUUCCAGAUUAUAUGCGCUUCUUUAAUCUCGAUUUCUUUAUCGUAGUAGUAACAUUCAACCAGCCAAGAUGUUUAACAGAAUGACAAGUCUGUGGAUGGGCGAUUUAGACCCAUACAUGGAUGAAAAUUUCAUCAAGCAGGCUUUCAGCACUAUGGGGGAGACGGCCUACGGGGUUAAAAUUAUAACACAUCGGGUAACAGGAGGCUCUGCGGGAUAUUGUUUUGUGGAAUUGGCAGAUGAAGCCAGUGUUGACCGGUGUGUCCAGAGGCUCAAUGGCAAGCUCGUUCCAGGAUCAAAUCCUCCCAGAAAGUUCAAGCUGAACUAUGCAACAUAUGGGAAAAGGCCUGAGCCUGGGCCUGAAUUUUCUGUCUUUGUUGGAGACCUGACAUCAGAAGUUGAUGAUUAUCAGCUACAUCAGUUCUUUCUGAAAAAAUACCCUUCAUGCAAAGGAGCCAAAGUUGUCACUGAUCCCUACGGAAAUUCUAAGGGCUACGGGUUUGUGAAGUUUGGUGAUGAAAGCGAGCAGAAGAAAGCCCUGGAGGAGUUUCAGAAUGCUACAGGUCUGGGGGGCAAAGCCAUCAGAAUCAGUAUCGCAGUCAACAAAAGCAACAAAUCAAACAGCUACCACAACCAGAGUCACAACUAUAAUAGCAAUUACCAGCAGCAGUACUAUCAGCAGCCCUACAACAAUUACUACCAACACUGGGGUUAUGAUCAGUAUAGCAGCUACAACUACGGCUAUAAUCCGUAUGCAAUGCCCCCUCCUGUUCCUCAUGGGAUGAUGGGACCCCCUCCGCCAAUGGGAAUGCCCCCCAUGCCCCCUGACAUGCAGACAACCACAGAGCAGUCCCAAGAUGCCACUGAAGAGGUUGAGGAGGAGAAUGAAGAGCCAAACCCCCCAGUGGACGUGGAGUCACUGAACAAGCAGUACAUGGAGCGCAGUGAGGAGCUCUAUGAGUCACUCAUGAAUUGCUACUGGCAGCCUUUGGAUUGCAUCACAUCAGAAAUCUCAUAAUGGAAUUUGUCCUGAUUAUCCGGAUCUCCUUUCUGUAAAUGUCAAUGCCUUUUUACCCAGCUCUCACUUUUCAAAAACACAUACACACUUGGUCUUUUUCAUGUGGAAGUUGCUUUGUAUUUCUGUUCAGUCUUCUGUUUUCUUCAUCAUUUAAAUAAAGAUUGUUCUUUUAAGUACA